AUGGAGGCCCUAAUGAAGAGAGUGUAUCAACAUAUCCGGGUAGAGGAAGAUAGAGCCCGUGCUAAAGCAAAAUCUAGCACAACAACGAUGCCAGAUAAAAAGACUACAGCAAAAAUCAACACGGUAGAACAACCAAGCCAGAAUAGGCGAGGCAGACGAGCCAACAGAGAGGACCCAGAAAAAAAGAACUUAAGAAUCCGCACUGCCAUCACCACAGUAUUCAAUAAACCAAUCUACCAGAUUCUUAGCAAGAUACGUGAUGAACCCUUCGUUCGGCGGCUAGCCAAGUUGGGAGAAGCACAAAGAGGCUAUGAUGAGAGGUCCCGUUGCACCUUCUAUGAUGAGAAGGGGCACCUCAUUGAAAAUUGCACACCAUUGAGGCAAGGAGUUAGUGGCUGUUGGACACCUGGACCACUGUGGUAUGCCUAUGCCAAAACUACAGCAGAGAAAGAGGCAUGGAGAGUAGCAGAGGAAAGUGGAAUUGAUCUAGUGGUGGUGAACCCCUCUUUUGUAGUUGGUCCCUUGCUUGCUCCAAAACCAACCAGUACACUCCAAUUUAUAUUGGACACAGUUAAAGGUUUGAAAGGAGAAUACUCAAAUUUGACAAUAGGGUUUGUGCACAUAGAUGAUGUGAUUGCUGCACAUAUCUUGGCAAUGGAGGAAAGCAAAGCAUCAGGCAGGCUCAUAUGUUCCAGCUCAGUAGCUCACUGGUCAGAGAUCAUUGACAUGCUUAGGGCUAAAUAUCCAUCCUACCCAUUUGAAGACAAGUGUAACAACCAAAAAGGAAAUAACAAUCCACACAGCAUGAAUAGUAACAAGAUUAUUCAGUUGGGCCUCCCUCCUUUAAAGACAAUUGAUCAAAUGUUUGAUGACUGCAUCAAAAGUUUUCAAGACAAGGGAUUUCUUCACACAAAGGAGUGAAAAUGUCGAGAUACGAAUGUGUAGCUAAGAAUGCAUUGAAACAAAGUAAUGAAGAGACUUGGGUACUCUUUGCCACUACCAAGACUCUACGCAACAAGACUACAUGCUAUUAACAUGGUUUGUGCAAUCCCGUGUUAUGGGCAUCUUUUAGCAAUGCAACAUAAUAUUUUGUAAAAUACAAGACUACUAUUUUGUGAGCCCCAUUAUGGAGAUCAUACAGAUGUAUAACUAU